UCAUAUGGAGAAUUUCGAAACAUCGAUCAAGCCAGAUAGACCCAACAUUGAGGCUUCUAAAAACAUGUCAUGCACCCAAAAAACAUAGCUUAUACUCUAGGCUCCACCAUUUCUCCUCCACUUGUCAUCUCUUAAAUCUUCCAACCAUUUUGGCCCCUGCUUCUUCUAGCUAUUCUCAGAACUCAUUUCCCCUUGCUAGCUUAAUUUCUCAUUUGUUGAACACUAUCCCAUUUGCAACAAGUUGUGAACAUGAAGAUCUUCAAUUGGGUGCAUAGGCAGUUUCAUCAUGCUCCCCUUAAAGAUGGAUUGGCUAGAAAUGUGAAAAAAGCAGAAUUUAUUAAAAAUGAAGGUGACAAACAAGCAUUGCUGAAACAAGUAGCCCUAGUUGAUGUUCUUGAUGGCUGGAGAGAUGGUAUUUUAACAAUUGGAACAUUAGGCCUUGACCCUUUAAAACCUUUCGAUCAACAAAAUCAAUAUUUUGUUUUAGAAAGCGAACACGAAGAUCAGUAUCAAGAAGACGAUGAUGAUCACAAUGGCGACGAGCUAGAACAAUCCCCGGUGACCAAUAGUUCUAGUUUUAAGCAAGAACACAGCAACAUUGGUUAUGAAUCUUGCGAUGAUGAUGAAGAAGAUGAAGUGAACCCUUUAAUAUUUACAAGAUUUGAUCAUAAUUUUGAUAUCGGAUCAACUCUCGAUAUCAAAUCUGAAUCUGAUGAUAUCAAAGAAAAGGGAAAAAGAAUUACACUGGCAGAACUUUUCUUGGAGGAUUCUGACGUGAAAAAGAAGAAAGAUUCAGUACAAACUGAUCAGCACAUUAAGCCAGGCAAAAAAUCAACUGUUCCGAAGACCGGUUUAUCGUUCGCCAAGAAACUCAUACCUAGUGUCGGAGAUGAUUCACGUCCGAUCAAGAAAUUAAACAAAUUAAUGAAGAGGAUGUUAAAGAGAAAAAUACAUCCAGAUGUUGAAGGAAAAGAUAAUGAUCAACAGAAGAGCAGCAUUAUGGAAUUUGCAGUUACCAAAGGAAAUGUAGCUGCUGAAUCAGUUUCUCUGCUUCCAACCCCUUCAGGUCUUACCAUCUGAUCGUCUGAACAAUGACUUGAUUAUUAAUUUGUUACAAAAUGUAUUUUGGUAUUUUUGUUGGUGAAUUUAUUUGGGGUUUAUUGUUGAUUUUCAAUUAUGCGGACAAUGUUGAUGGGGUUGUCAUGUGUGUGUUUAUAUCGAGUCAUGUGAUUCUGUUGAGUAAAAUGUUGGAUGUUUCAUUGUCCCCAAGUUUUAACAUGUUUAUGGUUUGA